UCAAACAUCUGCAUUCACAUCCGGACGUACACACACUCACAACAGUCGCUUGUUCUUGGUCUUUUGGCGAGGAUGGGUUAUCCACUGGUGAUUCUGUUGUGUGUGGGACUGCUCCACCAGACCACGAGGGCUGUCCACAUGGAUAAACUAGCAGACCAGAAGAUUUGCGGAGAUGCAGAGUGCUCAUAUGUUCUCUUCAUGGCCACAGUCUCGGAUGACUUCAUAUCUCCUGACUGCCGAUUUCUCAACCUCAGAAAGGGUCAGGUGGUUUAUGUGUACUCCAAACUCAUUGCAGCAGAGGGCGCUGGAGUCUUCUGGUCUGGAAGCAUUUACAGUGAGCGGUACGUGGACCAGAUGGGCAUCAUUGGAUACUUCCCUGCAACUGUGGUGAAGGAGACACAGAGGUUUACAGAAAACACAGUUAAGAUCCAAACAACUGACAUGGACUUCUACUGCGAUUAAGGGACUGAAACCUCUUCCUUGUCAACUCUUUCUGUUAGUAACUCUGGCAUUUAUAAUGGACAAAGUAUGCAGACAUUAACUCGAUGAGUUGUCUAUAUCAUUCCAACGUUUUAAAUAUAUAAGUAUAUAAAAGUUAAAGAAAUGAGUUUUCCAGACACCUUUUUUAUGAUUUUUCUUGACUAGUAAUUGCAAUUAUAUUGUACUUGUCUUUGUUACACAUCUAGAAACUGGCUUGGAGCUGCUUAUGCUGAGAAAUAGCUGC